AUGUUGGCCGCCGUCGUGCUCCGCAUCGCCCCGGCGCGGCUUCAAGCCACGUCUGAGUUCUACAGGAAGAGCCUGGGCAUGGUCCAAGUCGGCGAUGACUCGGAAGCACCGGAUGUCCGGGAGCUGCGGGUGCCCGAGACAAGGAGCUGCGCCGUGCGCCUGGUAGCGGAUGACACGGUGAAGGUCGCCUACUCCCACAGCAAGGGCGACCUCUACUGGAAGAUAGGCCUAGCAGUCGAUGACGUACAGGCUGCUGCAGCACGCCUUGGAGUGCCGCCGGGGAGCCAGUUUCGGGACAUCGGCUUCCUGACGCACAUGGCAGAUCCGGCGGGCUUUUGCAUCGAGCUGCUGCAAACGACGUUUGAGUCCAGUGCAGCAGAGAGGGCGGAGCGGCUGACGCGCCCGGUCGCCAACAAAGCGACCAUCGCCCAAGACUUCGUCAUCGGACAGAUUACCACACGCAUCACCGACCCCAAGCGCAGCUUGGAUUUCUACCAGAGGGUAAUGGGAAUGAAGCUGCUGUCCGUGCAGGAAGUGGCUCCUUACGGCUUCACGCUCUAUUUCGUCGCUUACACAGAGGACAGCCCUCCCAAAGCGGAUCUUGAGGCCGUGGAGAAUCGAGAGUGGCUGUAUCAGCGUGACUACACCACGUUGGAGCUGCAGCACAGGUGGGACUACCGGCCCGGCAGCUUGCGGCUGCCUGCCGACGACGAGGAGGGCAUGGCUGGUAUCGUGGUCCGGCUGCCACCGGAGGAGCUGCGCAGGCUUGCGGAGGGCGAAGGCGGCGAAGGUCGCGCUGUGCUACACGAUCCAGAUGGUCUGCGGAUUCAGCUGGAGCCUCUCUGUGACCAUGGUGGGCCGGGCCGAGCACAAAGGGGCAAAAAGUGCAUCCUGCGACAACAUCCCACCAUACCGAUCUUCUGCGGCCAGGGGCUUCGGACUCGGGCGGAGGCAGCAGAGAAGGAAUGCGAGGAGCUGCGCAACGAGUGCCAGGGUCAGCUGGAUGAGCUUGCGAGGCUCUACGAGGACGGCGACAGGCUCUUCGGACUCUCUAGACACGUGACGCACCCGGCCGCGCAGGAAUUUCGACGUGCCCACCAGAAAGUGCAGGAGGAGAAGGCACGGAGGGAGACCAUCGAGAAGCAUCUGGGCUCUGCUGUGGAGGAGCAGGGAAAGUGGACAGAGAAAUUGGCCCACCGCAUGUCGCAGCUUCAGCAGGCUCGACAGCAGCGGCGUGCCAUUGGUGCCCGUAUUGAUCGGUUUGGCAAAGAGCUCCACACCCUGGACCUAAGGACGGGUGAGUGGCUGACGCAGGCCAUCAACGAGAGAGGCCGUGAAAUGCCCAGCAUGGAGGAGGAGCUCAGCACUGCCCGGGCCUCUGCCGCAGAUGCCGAGCACCAGGCGGAGGAGGCGCAGAAGUCCACGCAGGAGCUUCAGGAGUUUUUGUCGAGCCCGGAGGUGCUGGCCAUCGACUCGAUCCAGCAGGAGGUGGAGCGGAUGUCCUUCGCGGAGGCCUACCAGGAUGCCUUCAAGCCCUGGGCUCUCGAGCAGCCCGAGGAGCCGGAGGUUCACGUCCCCGAGCUAACUUUACGCUACAGCCUUUUUAGCAUUGCAAUGACGCAGGCGAAGGGAGGAUUCUCGGGCUCUUUCUGGGUUCGGGAGCAGAGGCGUCUGCUGCAGCGGGGGCCCUUCGACCGGCUUCGGUCUCAGGACGAGUCAGGAUUCGAUGGCCUCGACCCAUCCUCCUCUCGGGAUCCACGGACGGAGACGGAUAUGGGGACUCAGUCUCCGCAAUCGCCGAUCUCGACUUGGGCGAGCAGUCGCCGGACAGUGCUUCGUAUCAGAACGGGCAGGCGUCCUACUACCAGGAGGCAAAGCUGGCAAGGCCCAGCCGAACCGGUGAGCGCUCCUGGUGCCACUCUCAGGACUUCUCGCCGAAUGGCGACCCGUCCAGCCCACAGGAGACCGAGCUCGAGAGAUCCGCGCUGGACGACGCCUUUGAGGAGGCGCCUGGGCGAGUCCCUCUCACCGGCUUCUCCAGGGCCGGAGGACGCGCCUCAGACGGAGCCUGGGUCUCCGGAGUGA